UAGUAAAUGGAUCGUUUUUCUGCGACGACACUUCUUCCUGAUGGAUUGAUCCAGGGAACUGCAGAUGAUAUCUCCAUGCAAAUGGUAUUGAUUUGGGGUCAAAUCAAAAAGCCGUUGAUCGUACCGUUGUUGAGAAUCGCUGUUGUCGUUUGUUUGAUCAUGUCUUUGAUGCUUUUCAUGGAGAGGGUUUACAUGGGAAUCGUGAUAAUGUUCAUGAAGCUACUUGGUCGAAAGCCGGAGGUAAGGUACAAAUGGGAGCCCUUGAAAGACGAUACGGAGUUAGGACACUCGGCUUAUCCCAUGAUUCUGGUUCAAAUUCCGAUGUACAAUGAAAGAGAAGUUUAUAAACUCUCCAUUGGAGCUGUUUGUGACCUCUCAUGGCCUGCUGAUCGGAUCUUUAUUCAAGUGCUUGAUGAUUCAACUGACUAUACAAUUAAGCAAAUGGUGGAGUUGGAAGUCCAAAGAUGGGCAAACAAAGGCAUCAACAUCAGGUACGAGAUCCGAGGGAAUAGGACCGGGUACAAAGCAGGGGCUCUAAAAGAAGGCCUGAAACACGAGUACGCUAAACGUUGUGAUUAUGUGGUCAUUUUCGACGCCGAUUUCCAGCCGGAAUCCGAUUUCCUUAGACGCACCAUUCCUUUCCUUAUGUAUAAUCCUGAACUUGCUUUGGUUCAAGCUCGCUGGAUAUUCGUGAAUGCUGAUGAGUGCCUGCUGACAAGAAUGCAAGAAAUGUCACUGGACUAUCAUUUCACUGUCGAACAAGAAGUGGGCUCUUCCAGCCAUGCUUUCUUUGGCUUCAAUGGAACUGCUGGAGUGUGGAGAAUUGCUUCUAUAAAUGAAGCAGGAGGAUGGAAAGAUAGAACUACAGUGGAAGACAUGGAUUUAUCAAUUCGAGCUAGUCUGAAAGGCUGGAAAUUUCUUUACCUUGGAACCGCACAGGUGAAAAAUGAAUUGCCUAGUACCUUGAAUGCCUUUCGCCACCAACAGCAUCGAUGGUCUUGUGGUCCUGCUAAUCUUUUCAGGAAAAUGUUUAAGGAGAUUAUUACAAACAAGAAAGUUGCCAUAUGGAAGAAGAUAUAUGUGAUCUACAACUUCUUCGUGGUCAGAAAGAUUGUUGGCCACAUUGUUACUUUCAUAUUUUACUGCGUUGUUUUACCUUUAAGUGUUCUUGUACCUGAAGUUGAGGUUCCAAAGUGGGGAGCCGUUUAUGUUCCUUGUAUUAUUACGAUUCUCAAUGCUGUCGGAACUCCAAGGUCAGUUCACUUGUUGUUUUAUUGGAUCCUCUUUGAAAACGUGAUGUCAUUGCAUCGGACCAAGGCUACCUUCAUCGGCUUAUUCGAAGCCGGCAGAUCAGUAAACGAAUGGAUCGUCACUGAGAAACUCGGAGAUGCCCUCAAGGCUAAAGCAACCACUAAAGCACCAAGGAAACCUCGUUUCAGGUUUGGGGACAGACUCCACUUGUUAGAGCUUUUUAUUGGAGCAUUCCUCUUCUUCUGCGGGUGCUAUGAUUAUAUGUAUGGGAGAAACUACUACUUCAUAUAUCUUAUAAUUCAAUCAAUCGCUUUCUUCAUCGUCGGAAUCGGAUACGUCGGCACCAUCGUCCCCAACACUUAAAAGCCAAGAGGUUAAGGGAAACGCACUAA